AAAUCAACAACAUCAACAAUUACAGCAACCUCAACAAAUGCAACAACAGAAUCAUCAACAAUUUAUGAAUAAUGUCCAAAACAAUAACAUGUACAAUACAAACGCUUAUAAUAACCAAGGGUUUCAACAAGCUACCAGACCAAUGAAUUUACCUGUGGGAUCAUCUCAAAAUGGACCAUACAUUAACUACCAGCAGGGACAACAAUCUCAACAAAUGCAAGGACAAGUACAACAACUUCAUCAGCAGCAGAUUAACCAACAGCAGCAGCUUCCUUAUCAACAACAAAUGAACCAGGGUAAUCAUAGACCCCCAAACAACAUGCAACAAGGUCAAAUUCAAGGAAAAGGACAAUCACAACAGUUUCACCAGCAACAAAUGAGAGGAAUGAACCCUAAUCAACAGCGGAAUUUGAUGCAAUCGCAGCAAAAACCAAAUGCAAUGUUGCUAAACAUGCUGAGCGACGUACCUGCAGCCAAUUCACGUAAAGAUCCGUUCAUGUACGCACCAAACACGCAAAAUUGUCAACAAGGGCUUCAAGGAGGGGUUCAAGGCGGAAACAUUACUCAACAAUGUAUACCUCAAAUGAAUCAUCAACCAGCAAUGAAACCUAAACAGCCGCGUAAACGUAAAGGUACUGGAGAUAUUAAAAGUCCAGGAAGUGCAACCGGUCGAAGCCCAAAGCGUAAAAUGAGUGAAGAUGAUUUUAUGAGAGACAUUUCAACACCUGUAAACGACUUCAUGGAAAAUUUUGGGGAUCCCCAGCUGAUUAACUGUCCAUCACAGCGACCACCAUCUUCUGAUCCUAUGGGUGCAAAUAAUCCAAAUAAUUCUGGGUAUGAUGUAAAUUUUUCCAAUGCACCCCGAUCGCUUGAAUCUAUGUUAGCGGGUCCUAAAACUGAACCCGGUACACCGAAUAGUGGAUAUAAUAAUGGAUCUCAAAAUUUAAACUUGGGUGAUUUUACCGCUGAUUUCAGCAACAGUUAUCAGUACCCAAACUCCUCGAUGUCCUUUCCAGGGGCUAACACCGGCCAAAGCCCAGGACCAGGUCCUGGACCCGGCCCCGGCCCUGGCCCUGGCCCUGGGCCCGGUCCGGGGCCCGGACCAGGACCGGGCCCAGGAUCAAAUUUACCAGAUUUAAAUGACUUUUCCAAUUUUGAAUAUACCGACUUUGCCAACCCAAUGUCUUUACCCCCAAUGAAACCAAACAACAAACGUGGUCCUAAAAGAAUGAAAAGUGCCGAAAACUGUAAUGAAAAUAGCAAUUCACUUUCUGGUUUAAGUGAGGAUGGAAGUAAUGAGCAGCAAUCUAUAAUGAAAUCACUUUCUGAUCUUCAUAACUUGAACAUGCCUGAAGGAACAUCCUCAAACAACGCAAAUAAACAAUUUACUCCACCAAUCGCUAAAUCUCAACGAGGUGUCAAAUCUGGAGGUACCAACGGUACUAGCAGUGAUGGACGGAGGUGUUCAUCAGCGGAUGUUGAUGCUUCAGGAAUGACUGGAAAAAGAGGUAACUUUGGAGGAUCAAUUGAGGAUGGCGUUGCACUUAAAAAGGAACGAAAACGGAAACGCGCUGAAAGUGUUGAUAGUUUGAAUAAAGCUGUUGUAGUUUCUUCUACUGCUGCCGUUGCUGGUGUUCUUAUGCCUCCACCUAUGAUUACAAGUUCUGGUGAAGUAGCUGCUGGAGUAGGAAGUGCUUACAAUUUCAUGGACGUUUGUGCCAAUGGUGGCUCUAAUCAAUCAUUACCUCCAAUUACUUUAAAUGUUAAACCAGUUUUAAACACUGUUAAUUCAACUAAUGGUCCAACUGGUAAGAUUAAAAGACCUGGAGUUCAAGGUUCGGGUUUAAAUAAAAGUAAAUUUGCAGACAGAAUGAUUAAUAAACUAAAAGGGUCUCCUGAUGCGAGUGAAUUAGAAAAUAAUGGAUCAGCUGCUACAUACUCACCUAAAUCAUCACCUAAAGUUGGUUCAUCUAAAUCAGCUAAAAUUGCCAAAGGAGGAGCUGAUUCAUCAGGAAGACCAAUCAAACCCGGUCAAAAGUUUAGAUCACAAAACUCGUCGCUUACUAUCUCUAAAACUGUUUCAAACUCCACCGCAAGUCCUCCAGUUUCCUCAUCCUCAUCCUUAACCUCAUCAGCUCCAACAUCUUCUGGCGGUAACUCUGCAAAAGCUCAAGGAAACCAUGCUAAAUCAUUAAUCGCUCAGAAACGUCGUCAAGGUUCUUUGAGUGCAGUCAUUGAUAAGCUAACUCGUAGUACUAACGUUCCUGGAGGAAGUGAUGGGUCGAAUCCUGGAGAGGGUGUGCCUAAAUUUGAAAACUGUUCUAGACCUGAUAGUAGUAGUAACAGUGGUAAUGGGCCCGGUGGAGCUCGAUUUAAUGCGAAUACUGGAGUAUCUAGUUCAAUGAAUAAAAUAGCCGAAAGCAAGAUGAAAUAUAGCCGCAGUUCCGAUCAGUUUACCAUGAGAUUGAUAUCACGGAACACUUUAAAGUUUACGGUGACCAAAACAAAGCCAUCAUCAACAAUGCCCGAGAAUAGAUCAAAGAAACCAGCUAUUUCUGGUUCAUCUAGUACCAAAGGAUCUGCUUCCAGUACAACCAAUUCAUUGAAAACGAAGAGUGUUACUGCAGGUUUAAAAAGACAACUGGGUGGAUCAGCUAAAGCUGGUCAAAAUUUCAAGGGAUCAACUCUGGUUUCUAGCUCUUCAGGGCCAAUUAAUUCACCUAAGCCUGGAACAUCUAGUUCAUCGCCUAAAGCUUCUUCAUUAUUCAUGAACAAUCGUUCAGUUGCUGGUAAAGUUUCUAGCUCAAAUUCAAAUAACAAAUCUAAAGUUCAGUCAACAGAGGCCAUGUUUGAUGCUGCCAUACCAAGGAUUAGAAUUGACCAUUUGCCUAAAAUACCUAGAACUGCAAGUAGCCAACAAGCAAAUAAUAACAACAAUAACAACAACAACAACAGCAACAACAAUAAUAAUAAUAAUAACAGUAACUCAUCUGGGAAUUCAAAUAAUAGUAGCAACAACAACAACAAUAAUAAUAGUAAUAAUAAUAAUAAUAAUGGUGGUCUCAGUAACAACAGUAAUUCAAAUAGAAAUAAUAAUUCAAAUAAUUACUCUAAUUCGAGUAACAACUCAGCAUCAAGUUCUAGUGCACUCUCCAAUAAUGCUAUUAGCCAUAGUGUUAAUUUCAAAGAAUCAGUAUCUUCUGGAGUUGCAUCAAGCAGUAACAAUAUGAAUAUACCCAAUAACUCAAAUGUAAAUUCAUUGAAUAACAAUAAUAGCAAUGUUAACAAUGUAGUGAUUCCAGCAAAUAGUGGAUCAAGUUCAUCAAAUAUCCAACCACCACCACCACCUUCAUCAUCUUCGUCAUCUAUUUUCAUGUCGAAAAGUCCAUCUUUAGAUCAACAACAGCAACCAGGAUCUGCUUCGAUGCAAUUUCCCAAGAAAUCUUUUUAUGGCACCAGAGACUCACUUCCUAGUUCGACGUUAUCAUCCUCAAAUGAUAAACCUGAUCACUCGAUGAAAUUCCAAUCGUGCACAAUAUCAUCCAGUCUUUCGUCUUCAUCAUCCAGUCAACCUACUCAUUCAACUAGUGGUCACAUUAAUAGUAGUAAUCUUUUAAGCCAACAACCUCUAAUCACGUCUAAUCCAUCCAGUGCAAGUUCCAAUUUUUCUAUCAACGUUGUUUCUGGGAGCAACCCCAUUAUACCAAUAAGUUCAGGAGUCACUAGCAGUAUUAUUGAUAGUGAACCUAAAGUUAGUAACUCAAGUGAAACCAAUACCAAUGCUACCGACAGGUUGAGCGGUGUGAGCAGUUCAAGUGACUCCAAGUUAAACUCGACUAGUACACCAAGUUCACCGGCGGAAAGUUCUACUUUUAAUGAUGCUUUACAAAACCCUCCACUUUUAAUUCCCACUGAAUCCAUCGAAGAGGUUGAAAGAGAACCAAGCGCCAAUAAAGAUUCAAUCGAUACAACAUCAACAUCAUCAACAGCCAAUGCAAGUUCAACAACUGUUGCUCAAAUUGAAUCUUAUGGGCCUUCAAUGGUUACUACUACUGUACCAACAGCUUCCUCCUCUUCAACAUCAACACUUGCUUCUACUGUCAAUAACUCACAGCUUCAGCAGUCAGCCACUAGUGAACCUCAAAGUUCCUCUUCAAACUUAAUUGAAGCUGAUGAAGAUUAUGACGACGAUGAGGAUGAAGAAGGUUUAAUCAUUGACUUUACCGGUGCGACUCCAUCAUCAAGCAAAGCGGAAAAAGGUGUAACAUCGACUUCUAGUACUCCGAUUUCAGCUAGUUCAGCUACUAAUUCAGCAACUACAACACCAAGUUCUGCUGCUCAGGAUGCUUUAAUUAAUGUUUUAACAUCAUCGACCACGACCUCAUCUUCACCGAUAAUCGCUCAAAUGUCCAUCAAUAAUAACAGCGCGGUACAUAACAGUUCCUUGGUUGAUUCCGAAAAUGUUAGUGGGAGUAAUUUAGGAGCCUCUAGUCUCCUAGGAUCAUCCAGUAUUGAUGGCUCUGAGAGUGACGAUGUUGUCAGUUUUAAUAACAGUAGCAGUUCAACUGCCAACAGUAGCAACCAUAUUAGCGGUAACAAUCAAAGUAUUACCUCCAAUAAUGGUAACAACCCGCCGCCAUCAAACUCUUCGGGUAACCUUAUCUCCGAAUCACCAUCAAAUCAGUCAAUAUCUAGCCUUGCCUCUCGACGAUCACCUUACUUGAUUGACGAUGAUUUAAUGGAUGAGGCACUUGUUGGAUCAGCAGAAUAAUUAGACUUGACAAACUAAUGGCGCCAGCACUUAUCAUUUUUGUCUUCUUCGUUCCAGAUAAUCUUUCCUUUCACCUAAUGCUCUAUCCUUAAAAACUAUUUUCUUUUUCUUAUUCCUCUUUUGUCUGCUUAUCUAAUAUUUUUGUUUUUUCUGCCUUCACUGUGAAGUAAUGCAACAAAAGGACGCUUAUCCAAAUAUAUAUAUACUAUAAAUAACAUUAGUUGAAUCCUAAAUCAAUCUAAUUAACUCAUCAUCACAUUAAUUUCCAAUAAUUCAUCGAAAACUGAAAGAUAUUCACAUUGGUAAACAUCACAUUAUUAUCUACGUCAUCAAAUUUAUCUUUCUCAUUCACUGUCGUGAUCAUUAUUGUUACAUUUUCAUCUUCUUAAUCAUCAUUGAAAUUUACAUCAUAACAUAAUAAAAUCAAAUAAAGGCCUAAAUGUUUCUCUCAUAAA